GAUGACUGGAAGCCUAGCAUCGCUUUCGUUGUUGGGACCAAAAUUGAGGAUGAAAUCCACACCAAGGCCCUGUCUCUUGCUGUGCAGGUGCCACAGCGGAAGCUCUUCAGUGUGGUAACAUAUGAAGACAUUUUCAGACAGGUCAGAGAAUCUGGGAAUCAAAAGGGCAAAAAGGUUAAGGAUGUGCCUGUGUACUAUGAGGUGAUAGAAGUAGCCAAAGCCAUUCUGGAUAGCGGUGAAGAAAUUCCUGUAACACUAACUGGAAAGCUGUUGAAAUUUCAACUGCUUUGUCUCAAACAGAAGGACCUUCAGAGAAGAGAAGCUGAAAAGAAGGCAGAAGAAGAUCAACAAAAGGAAAAAGAUGGAAGGAAAGAAAAGACUAAACCUCCUGGCAAGAAGGAGAACCUCCCUAGUGCCCAGACAGCUGAGAAAGAAAGGAAAGGAAAAAAGAUGGAAGUAGGCCCUCUAGCACCAGUCACUGUUAAAAAGGACACCCAGUUGAAGCGACGGGGAGAAGCAGAAGAGGAAGACAAAUACAUUGAUGAUGAACCAGAUGAUGGUGCCCAUCAUUACUUUAUAAUUUUGGGGUUCCACAAUCCACAGCUGUUGCCUGUGAUGUCUGAUCUUGGGAUUAACAUUUCAAGUGUAAUUAGAAUUUCUUCUGAGAAUUAUAAACCGUUGCAGACAUACUUGGAAGCAACUAAACUUCAAGGAGAAUCUUUCCUUUCACCUGAAGUUUUAGAAGCAGAGAAAAGAAAGAAAGAUGAAGUUAUCAGAGACCUGGAAAGAUUUUGGAAAUACCUGGAGCCAGUUCUGAACAGUGGAAAGCAUGGAUCAAGUCUCUUUGAUGUUGCCAGACUUCAUCACCUAGUUAAAGAGAGUGCUUUUCCCCCUGAUUGGUCUGACAGAGAAAUGCUGCUUGCAUUUGGCACUGUGCUGUUUGAAAGCAUUGCUUGUUUAAUGUAUGACUGCCUGGACUGGAGAAGACAGCAUUGUAACUACUUGGAAAAUACCAAAUUUAUUAAUGUGCCUGCAUUAUCAGAGAGCAAAUCGACACAACCACCUGUAACUGAGGUACAACCAGCAUCACAGAUUACACCUUCAAAGAAGAAAGGGCAAGCAGAAGAAAUUCUGCCAACGGUAAAUUUGUCACAGGAGGAAGAAGCUUCUUUUUUGGCUACUUCUGUGGACAUGAGGUAUUACAAUGACUUGCUGAGUCAGAUUCCUGAGGAAUGCUUUUCUGUACCCUUAAUGCUGAACUGCAUGUUGGAACAGGUUAUUGCAAGUGAAGACGACCUUACGCCACCUAGUCUGGUGGUUCCAGAGCCCCGGGCAGAUGGACUACAUCAUACUAUUGCAGAUCAUAUAGCCUCUAUCCUUCCUUCUCUUUCACUUUCUGAGAGUGAAAAAAAGAAUCUAUAUGACUACUUUUCUCCUAAAUACAGUGAAAAAAAGACUGUUGCGCCCAAGUACCCUCUCUUAUUUAACUACCAUGAUACCCUGGCUCAGCGGUUGCAUCUGCUGAAGGUCCAGGAGAACUUAAAUCCAGAAAAGAUUGAACGUGAAAUGAUGGGCAAGCUGCCUCUUACAGAACUUAUCUGUUUCACCCUUCCUUCAACUGAAAACAAUGCUAAACACUUGGCCGGAGUUCAUGAGCUCAUGCAUUGUUGCACCAGUGAACUUCUGAGUUGGGCUGAAGUAGAAAGAGCCUUCAGAGUGUUUACUUUUGAAAGCCUGAGACUGACUGGACUAAGUGACUCUGGUCUGCUGGAGAGCUCUGCAUCUACCAUUGGAGGUGAUUCUGAAGUGUCUUAUAUCCCUUGGGAUAAUCCAGCCAGGUUUGCAAGACAGCUGAGACAAUUCUUCCUUAUGGAAAAGAAGCUUAGUGGGAAGUCUCCAAGAGGCUCUGGACAUAGAGAAACAAAUGGCAAAGAUGGAAGAGAUGGUCUGGCUGCUGCUGCUUUGAACAAAGAAUUGGAUCUUUUUGUUUCUGAUAUGGUGAGUCCGGAAAAUUAUGGCCUAGGACCAAACUUAGAAGAAAUAAAAAAGACACAGAGGCGUUGUUUGACAGACUGGAGUUUCGCUGAGCAUUUUCAACCCCAUGUACUUCUUCAGGUUCUUCAUACUGCAUCCCAAGAAUAUAGAUGUAUUGAUUCCCUUUAUCAUGCCCAAGAUAAUUCUUUGCUAGUGGUUCUUCACAAUCCUAUGAAUCAGUAUCGUUUGUGCCAAGAGACUUGGGAUAUCGCGUUGCACUCUAAUGUGGGAUUCAGAAACUAUCUCGAGUUGGUGGCCAACUCAAUUGAAGACUGGGUGAAAGAGGAAGAAGUCAAAUACCAAGAAGAGAAGAUGGCUAAGGAAAUAGAGUCUCUUAAACUGGAAAAAGCUAUGUCAGAAGCACCUUUUGAAUUUUCUGCAUAUGCUAUCAAAAAAACUGGCUUCCAUAAGCAAGCCAAAAGUGGAACAUCAGGACCUGAGAGCGUAAUGGAGACCUUUCCAGAAUCUCAAUCCAACAAUGAAAAAAGCCCUUUUAUUAGAGAAGGUUCUUUAAAGUUUCUUGGCUAUAAUACAGGGGAGGAUCUCAUUCAAGUAUCAGGAACCAAUCAAUAUCUUUUCCCAUCUGAUGGAGGACAGAUUCAAGUAGAGAGGAUAGAGUUUGUAAAAGGUCUAACUUUGGUAAAGGUGAAAGUGAUAAAAGACAACCACAAUUUUUUCAUUCAUAUCACAGACCCCAAGGAAAACUUAAAAGAAAUCGAAGUGCAAGAAAUUAGUGAAGAACAGAAAAUUAGAUCAGGAAAAUUGAAAAUUCAAAAGAAAGCUGUGAGCAAGUUUGGAUCUUUUUCAGCCACCUUGGAAAAUGGAAUCCAGCUGUCCCUGAGCUAUUAUGGACCUACAGGGAAGAGAGCAGAUGAUGAAACAGAUCCUGUCUUAGCAAGAAUUCUGAACAUCCCUUCUGUUCAUAUUCCGACCAUAAUUUCUCCUGUUACAUCAGCUUCAGGAAAAAAAGAUAAGUCCAUCAAACAAAAAUCAGGAAAAUCUCUGCUAUCUACAAAAGCGAACCAUAGCAAAAUAGGCCCUCCACGACCUCAUGACCCGGUAAAGCAAGAAGAAGAAAAGAUGGAAAUGGAAGAAUCAGCUUCCCAAACACAACUGAUGUCAAAUGCUCUUGCUUUCCCAAGUUUGAACGUCUCCUGUCCCAAUGGACUAGUAUUAACUUUCCUUGGUGAAAGUUUUGGAGAUUUGAAAGGUGAAGCCACUACAGCUGAAGCUGAGAAAGAAGUGAUAAAGAAAAGCGAGGCCAAAGCAGGUGAAGCUAAAGAAGAGGAGGCAAAAGCAAAGGAAGCAAAGAAGGAAGAGGUUAUGGAAAGUGGAGAGAAGGAACAUGAGGUUACAGAAGGCAAAAUAAAGCACAAAGACACUAAAAGAGAUCAGGCCAAGCAGCCUGCUCUGGAAAUUCUGGUUAGGCAGAGUUAUCCCCAAAAGGUAAAAAACUCUCUUCUAUAUACAUCUGCGGCAAGGCAAAGAGAACAGGAGGUGUCAAGAGUCAUCACAAGUCAAGGAACUGUCAUAAAGUACAUGAUGGAUGGAUCUACUGAGAUUCUGUUUGCGGAUGGCACAGUGAGUAGGAGUCCUGAUUCUGGCCCUGUCCUACCACCAUCUACAAUUCCAGAUAAUAUACAACAAUUAGCAGAAUUGGAGCCUUUACCUGAGACCAGCACUAAAAAAGGAAAAGGCAGUGACAGAAAUACUAUAACACACCCAACCAAGGAUGAAUUGUUUGAAAAUACUGCUCAGGAUCUGGUUAAUUCUGAGCAACGUAAGGAGAACCAGGCAGGAACCUGGAUAACAACAACUCCAUCAGGCGUUCAAGUGGGCACUGAGGGAACAAAGAGAAUGGAUCUGAAGCCACUCUUAAUCUACCAGGCAACUGACCCAGCUGAUGGAACGGUUAUGACAGUACGAGAUGAUGAAGUGAUAAUUGUUGAGAAGCUGGAUGGCAGCAGAGUAGUAGAUCAUGCUGAUGGUACUAGGAUCACGACUUUUUAUCAAAACUGUGAAGAACUUUUUGUACCAGAGGAUAGUGAAGAAACAGAUGAACGCUCGGAAGCCAACACAAGGAAGGUGAAAUGUAUGCAAGUAGAGAAUCCUGAGUUUGCUACUGUUAUAACAAAUUGUGAGGACGGUACCUGUCGUACCACGUUUGGAGAUGGGACAUCUAUUAUAGCAAAGCCACAGGGAACGUAUCAGGUUUUACCCAUCAAGACAGGCUCUCUUUUCAUUGAUGAAGAUUGCUCAGCAGUUUAUACCCAUGAAGUUUACAAUUUCAUCAGCAAGAAAGAAGAGAAAGAAGCAGGGAGAUACAUUAUGAAACACACUUCCAGCACUAUUUGUGAGAUGGUGGAUCCUGAAGGAAAUCUUUUCAAGGUCAUGGCUGAUGGCAGCACAUCUGUGUGUGUUCCUAGCAUUGGCUCCGAUGACAAGGAAGACAAAAGUUCAGCAUCAGCACUCCCAGAAGUUAACAAACCUGUCACUUAUGAUGAGCAUGUCCCCAGGUUCUUCAUCAUCUACGCGGACGGUUCUGGAACUGAGCUUCUGCGGAGCAGGGAUGUACGCGAGUAUAUUGCCGAAGCCUGUAGUGAUCCCACUGCUGCUGUCUUGCAGGAACCUGUACAAGAACAUCCAGGUGUUCUCAGUAUUACUAUCCUCCGCCCUUUGACUGAAGCCUCCCCCUGGGUAAUGAAGAAAGAACCAGAGAGUAUUGUUCCUCCAAAUCUUCAGUCAAGGACCUGGGGUACAUUUUCUCCUCUUGAGAGGAAGAUCAUGGGUCCCUCAGUCAAAACACGAGGUUGGAGGGGUCUCUGCAUUGGAUCCGAAGAACAGACGAGCUUGCCAGUAGCUGUGCAAAAAUGUCCUAAUAAACUGCAAAUCCGUCAGCUAUUCCAGUAUGAGCCACUCAGUGAUGAACUACGAGAAAAGCUGCAGAUUUCCCUCAAGGAAUAUAUAGACAACAUUUUAAAGCAGGAAGAUGAGCUGGAAGAGAUGAAUGUAAAAGAACCAAGAACAGAAGAGGAAAAGGGGAAUGCUGCCAUUCUCCUUGAACGGGUUAUGUCCUUCCCUAACUGGGAGAAGUCAACUGAAAAUCUGAGUGAUAGAGCUCACAUAACUGAGCUGUAUGAACAGGCAGUGGCUUCUUCUCGCCAGUCUUGCACAGAGAAGACAAUCACUACCCAAAGAGAGGACCAACAGCAGGGGUUCAGUCCAGGAGUAACAACACCAGUGUCCAAGUGGCAGAGCAGACUAGAAGAGCACAGGAAAGAACUUGAUGAAGAAAAGAAGUCCUUAAUGGCAAUGAGAAACAAAAUAAUUCCUCCAUAUUUUGCAUCAGAAUUUGGCAAGGAGUUUUUCCUGAAAAAGUUUCCUGAUGUGGAAGCACUGUCUAUGGAACUUCCUCCAGUUCAAAAAAAAGGAAGAGGGAAUUUCUCUCUAGAGAAGAUCAAAAACCCCAGUAGAGGAUCUGAAUGUCUUGGUACCAUGAGUGAUUCCUCACCUUCACCUGGCCUUCUGCUGCAGGCUCAUUCCAAAGAAAAUGAAGGUUCCAGCAGCACAACAGACCUAAACAAGGCCACAGGAUCACAAGAGACAGCCUUUCAACAUAAAGUUCAGAGUCUACUGGUGAAUUGUGCAGGACAGCCAAGAAAAGAGAAAGUGAAAUUACCGUCAUGCCUUCAUAGCAGAAAACCAAACUCCAUACCAAAUAAAAAGAUAGAAGAUCCUGUUGCAGGAAAGGUCAACACAUCUUCUCUUGCAACAACAAGACAGCCUCUUAGUGGCUUCCAUCUCAUUCCACCCAGAGUGACAUUUGGAGUGCUAAAGGAAGGCUGCACCUAUGCAGCCACUGUGAUCCUGAAGAAUGUUGGUGUGAACUUCUCAAGGUUUCGGGUGAAGCAACCGCCUCCACCUACAGGACUGAGAGUCAUGUACACACCAGGACCUGUGGCAGCAGGCUUGCAGAUUGAACUGGAGAUAGAGAUUUUUGCCAUGGUAACUAAAGGGGAAGAUACCGGUGGCCUUGAAGAAGUUUCCCAUGAUAUUGAAAUAUUAACAGAAACAGAAACUCUUCUCCUGCCUGUGAGAGCAACUGUGUUAACCAAUGAUGUUUAUGAGUGCCGCCCACAAGGAUACCCCCAGGGUGGGAUGUCAGCAACAGUCCGGGCAGUUCCUACAAGCCCCAAGCCAUGGUUCCGGAUUGCACUACCCCGAAAGCUUUCAAGUUAA